UUCCAGUUAUUUUGUGUGAAUUAAUACUUACUAAAUGCUAUUAAUUCAUCUGAAAAUGUAAUCAUUGCUACUGUGAGUUCUUGGAGAUAUUUAUGUAUGUAAAUAUGGACUCUUCUCUUUGUUAGCCUGGUUGUUGUAAAAGAACCAUGAAUAUUGAAGAUAGUAAGUUCAGUGAUAAGAAUGAAGAGGACCAAAAAACUCUUUCACCAUUUCUGGAAGAGGAAGAGAAAGAAGACCAAGCUGAAUACCAGCUUGAAGAAGAGUUGGCUGAUAGUGGUAAGAUGGGGAACAAGGUCACUUCUGAAGGAGCUGGAGACAAGUCUGAAUCUAGCAUAGAGAGCUUGGAACAUUGUUGGAGCGACGUUAAUAAUAUUGGGGCUACGAAGUAUGCAGAUAGAAUUUCCGUAUUAGCCUUAUACAGGAACCUAAAACAGCUCAACAACGUAGCCAAAGAAAAGGAACUUGUGGUCCAGAAAAUCAGAGAUGAGCUGACUACCUGCCAGCUGCGGAUCAAAAUGCUAGAAAAGCAGCUGGAGUACGUAGACAUUGAAAUACAAAAAGAGAAGGAGGCUGACAAUGUUGCAGCCCUGUUCCGCCUACAGGCAGUGCACAGGCGACUGUGCACUGAACUGGAGGAUGAGAAGGAUUUUGAGUUGAAAAUUGCUUUGACGCUGAAAGAAAACAUGCUUGAGAUGUGGCGGAUGGAAACUGAGCAGGGAAAAUACGAAGUCCUCCAUAAACAACUUCAAAAAGAUGAGGAGGAGCUAGAGACUCAAUACCAAGAAAAAGCAGAAGCACGGAUUCGUAAGGAAAAAAUAGCAGCACUGCAAGCAGAAGAAAAUCAGCUGUCAAGAAAAAAAAAAGAAGAGGAAGUCCAGAAAGAAUAUGAAGAAAGGCAUAAAAAAAUGCUUGAAGGAGCCAAAAGGAACCAUGAAAAAGCAGUCUGCUUCCUGAGAAAAAGCAUGGCAAGAAUUCAUGAGGAGAAUGCAAAGGAAGAAGUGAAAACUCAGGAGCAUAUGGAGAAAAGGAUACAAGCUGUGCUCUCCCUGAAAAACAGCAUAACUUCCAAUAGGGAAAAACUUCAAGCACUCCAGGCUUGGAACAAAGCAAUGGCCUUUGAGGCAAAGAAAGAGGAGUCGAAGAGGAGGGAGGCCAUCCUAGCAGAAGGAGGCAAUGUUGCCAAGGAAAUUUUUCUCCAUAAACGACUGUUACAGCAUGAAAGAGAGAAACAAGCUUUUAGAGAACAGCAGAAGUCAAGAAAAAUUGAGAUUGUAUCUCGAAUUUUACAAGAAAAAGCAUCCAUUCGUAAGCAGAAAAAUCGUCAGUCGUGUAAUAAGGCAAGUAAGAGCGGUGGUAAACUUAAGGAUUCUUUACUGUGGAGAAGGAAGACAUGGCACUAUAUUGAGAAGUCCUGCAAACAUCCAGCUGGAGCAAUAUCACAGUUGAGGUGCUCACCAGCUGAGGAACAAGCUCAUGGAGAGAGAACUGCUUUUGUAGGAGAUGAUGUGCUCUGUGAAAGUGUUGAAGAUGAAAAAGAGAAGGACAAGACCUUAGUAGAACCAGAGUUCCCUGGACUUUGGAGUCAAGAAUGUGACUUGCACAAGGUACCCAGCGAAGACACGGAUACAAAGCAGCUGGCUCUGAGUGUAAUGAAAAAAGAGAUUUUUGAGAAAAAAAUGGAGGACUUCCAAACUACGGUUUCUCACAAGCAAAUAGUGUCUGGUCAUGAACCUAAGGGACGUACUUUCUAUAGUAAACCAAGCUACGUUCAUUUCAAGGAUUUUGAUGUUGGUAAAAUCUACAAAAAGAAGAUAGUUUUGACAAAUGCAUCCUACAGUGUUAACUUCUGCAGACUGGUGGGAAUCAGUGAAUGGCUGAAGGACUUCAUCACCAUUCAGUUUGAGCCACCUGGCAAAAUGUCUCCUGGAAUGUCCUGUGAAGUAGGAGUAACCUUUAAGCCAGCGGUAAAUGAAAAUCUGGAAGGAGAAGUCAUGUUUAUGGCCCAGACAGGUUCUUUUUCUGUUCCAUUGAAAUGUACAGCCAAGACGUGCAUUCUGGCACUAGAUAAAGUGCUCAUUGACUUUGGCACUCGUGUGGUGGGAGAGACAAUUUCACGGACCAUCAACCUGACAAACACUGGCGCUUUGGGAACAAGAUUCAAAGUUCAGGCGUCAGCAGGUGACAGUAGUACAUGCAGAGCAACAGCAAAAUCUUCUCCUGGAAAUACUGCUCUUAAAGCCCAGUUUAAGCUUUCAGGUGAAUCUGCAUUUCUAGGCAUAACAAAGUCCAACAUAUACAUUAUCCUCCUGAAACAAUAUUGUUAUCCUGCAAUGGGAAGCUUGGUAUGCACAAUUCCCAUAUUUCUUUUUUCUUCAGAACAACUUACGCAAGGUGCGUUAAGUUUCAGAUCGGAUCUAGACACAGAUAAUGCACAUAAUUUAAUGGAACCUUCUCCUGAAGAAACGUCACACGAAAUUAUGCUGGGAAAGGUUACUGAAGGGGAAAUUGGACCCUUCAGCUCAGUCAAGCUUCAGAUUAUAUUUGUCCCAGCUAUCCCUGGGGCUGUACGGGCAGAGUUUGUGAUCGUGUUUGACAACUCAGACUGCAAACCAUUGUGCUUUAGUGCCAUUGGAGUUUCUGUUGAUGUACCAGUUUGGGUGCCCAAUCCCAACAUUGAUUUAAAGAUCUGUAUGUAUGACCGACUUUACCAGGACUGUGUUGUCAUUCAAAGCAGAGCAAAAGCUACACUGCGUCUGAAGUUUGAAGUCUGCAAAGAAUUGAGUAAGCAUAUGGAACUGCUUCCGAAAACAGGUUACAUUCAGGCUCAGUCAUCCUUCACUGUGCAACUGAAGUUUUUGCCCAGGCACUCUCUUCCUCAAGAUGCAGGGAGCUAUUUUAAUGAAGAGACGAGUGUUCUGGAAGCUCCAGUGACAAUACUGAUUGCAGAUAAGACUAAACAAGUUAAUUUUACUGUCCAUGCAAUUGUUACUACUUCUGAGUUGGAAAUUAGUCCAGCAGAAAUCGAUUUUGGAUACUGCACAAUCUAUGAAGCUGUGCAGACAAAUGUCACACUAACAAACAAGUCCAUCUUGCCACAGGAGUUCGGAUUUGUGGAACUUCCAGAGUUUGUUGAAAUUCAACCGAAUGACGGCUUCAGUGUUCUUCUUCCCCUUGAAAGCCUGACACUGGACAUAAUCUUUAAAGCCAACAAGGCAAAAGAGUAUAGCUUUGAACUGACCUGCAAGUCAGAGAGUAAUAGACGAUUCAAGCUGUCAUGCAGAGCAGUUGGAGUCCACCCACCUCUUGAAUUGUCUCAUUCCUUAGUUCAAUUUGCCGCAACAGCUCUAAAUGAUGUGUCUACAGCAACACUGUAUGUGAUGAAUUCCCAUGUGAGUGUCAACCACAUUACUCAUGCUGUCCCAAGAAUUGGCAAUGGGGAAGUUGCCCCUGUCGGACCCACUUCGUUUGAAUUCUGUGUGCCAGAAGACUGUCCUGUGACAGUCAUGCCUUCUGUUGGAACUGUGUUGCCUGGGAAGAAAAGCUUGAUUCAAGUGUCCUUCAGACCAACAUUGUCAGAUCAGCUAAUCAGAGAAGAGGCAGCUCGGAGGCUUUGCAGAGCAGCUGCAACAGGGGCAGAAAUACAAAAAAAGAAGAAAGAUGAAAAGAGAGAGGGAAAGAAAUUAAACGUUCCCAUUACCAGACAGCAAUCUUCCAGACAGUUUGUAAGGGAUGGAAGCAGUAAAUACCUGAGUUCUUCAAGUAGUUCUGAGCAACCAGAAUCCGAAGAGAUAAAGCCUGAUUCGGAAGGUUAUAUGGCAGCCCAGACUUUCCUGAUGAGGAAUUUCAGAGGGAGGUUUGAAAAAUACAUCAUACCGUGCUUUGUUGCAAGUGGAAAUAUUGAUGAAAAGAGAGGCUCAGAAAAUCUAACCUGCAGCCCCUGUAACACCUUGUAUUUGGAGUUGCACUGUCCAGCUGUAGCACCAUCUGUUGUGGUCACUUCAGAUAAUGGAAAAAACAUAGUCAAUUUUGGUGAUGUUGCAGUAGGCCACACAAUAAUUCAGCGAGUUACAAUACAAAAUAUCUCCCCAGAAAAGCUGGAACUAGGAUUCUCAGUUCUGAAUCCCAGUGGUCCCUUCCUGUUGGUCAGACCAGUUAGAAUACUUGAGCCAGGUGAUAAUAAAGCCCUCAUCAUCUCUUUUUCUCCAAAUGAGAAUAAAUGGUUUUUUGAAGCGCUAGACAUCCGGACAGCACAAAAGAACUUAACCCUAAGUAUCACGGGGCGUGGGGUGAUGCCAUCAAUUGUUUGCUCUGUGGAGGAAGUACUGGAUAUGGGAUACGUCCUUGCCAGAGAGAAGACAACUUCUACAUUCGAGAUACAGAACACUUCCACACUGACCCUGCAAUACUCCAUCCAACUGGAUUCACUUUCGCCAACAAGAAACAAAGAUCAGCAGAGACUUCCAUCCUUUCUCACGUCCUCUUUGCAAAGAACAGAGAUUGUUGGAACACAGAACUAUAGUGGUUUAAGCGUGUUCAGCAUCUUUCCGACACAAGGAGAGAUUGUUGCUGGGAAGAGCCAGGACUUUGUUGUUACUUUCAGUCCUGACCAUGAAAGCCUGUACUAUUCGGACCGUCUCAAGGUUGUGCUCUUCGGCAAGAAAACAGCCCACGUAAUCCAGCUAAAGGGUGCAGCAAGAGAACAUGCAAUGUUUGUGGAAGGUGGAAUUCCACUGGAUGUGCCCAUCGAGUCCUUGGCUGUAACGUUACCGGUGUCAUCACAGGAAGCGCUAAAGGAAGAGCUACAAGAACCAGUGAAGUCCAUCCUCCUGGUUCUGGAGCACAUCGAGGGAGAGAAUUCUCUGGUGCCAGCGAAGACAGAACUGAGAGUUGGAGCUAUACGGACAGCGCAGUUUGCGUCUAAGAAGAACGUGGAGUUCAGUUUUGAUAACCUGUCGCUCCUGCAGAAGAAGGGAUUCACUGUUGAAUUUGUCAAGGGAACCGUUGAUCGUGGUCAAGUAAAAUGCAUCGGCGUUUCUUGGGUGCCACCUGCUGACUUGGAUACCACUGACCCUGUGAUUGAGACAGCCCUCCUGACCUUAAAGGGUGACGUUAAGGAAUCUUACCGAAUCAUCUGCAUGGCGAAAGUUGUAUCAGCGUGUGCUCCCAGUGACUGAUGGAACCAAGCUAAGUGGGAAGGAAAAUGGAGGCUUAUAUUUUUGGGGAGGUCUUUGGAUCUCAGUUGGAACAUGGAAAGAUUUUGAGAUUGUUGCAGAUAUGUAAGGGGAGGUAGGAGAGAGAAAGGAAGGUAACUUGUAUGUUUUCUGCCUUAUUUUUCUUUACAAAAUUCUGUAUAAACUGUUUCCAAUAGUUUUAUUUUCAGACUGACUGUGACAAUAACCUUGUAGUAGAAGGAAGAAUUAACAUGAGGGGCCACAUAGAUAAAUCUGCUGUUAAUCCCAGUGUCUUCCAAAGGUGGGAACUCCCUCAGGAGUGUGUUUGUUUAAUCUCUAAAUGGAUGAGUUUCAAACAAUGUGUCUUUCUGACCUCAGAUGCAUUUUCACAUAUGUAGAAAGUCCCUGAUAUUUUUUUCCUGCUAAGACUACAAUAAA